CAAGUUGCAAGAAACUAAUAUACUAUCGGUCCUUCCUCGAAAUUCAGUAUGUCGGCCGACGGCGGUCUUGCCAGAGCUGCGCAAGUUUGUAUAACCUGCAAAGCACGCAAGAAGAGAUGCGAUAAGACAAUGCCUCGUUGUGGGUAUUGCAGCAGGAAAAACUUGCGUUGCUCAUUCUUGCCCGUAUCAAGGAGAGAGCGAGAGAAAUUCCAAGAAAGCUAUCCGUCUUCAUUGGACCUGUUCUCGCCACAGUUAUUGAACGAGCCGGCUGCAGCAGAUGCGAAUCUGUAUCACCGAGUCCUUCAGAUUAUUCAUGAGACAGGCCAAUUCAUUGAUGAUCUUACGGCGAAGUAUUUUCAGGGACCUCAUCAUUAUUUACCCGUUAUCUCGCGAUCGCAUUUCCAGAGUAACCUCAUUACACUCGGCGCUGUUCCAUCCGCUGGGUUCUCUGUUCUUUUGCUGACGGUAUGUUUGACCGCGUCUUCCACGUCGAAACCAAAGUCGACUGCUCAUUAUGUCCCUCCGACACAUGCCAAAAACCGUGCGCUGUAUCUAGCAACAAAAGCCCUUCUUUCUCGGGUUCAGAGCUCUAACUCAACCUGCAUCUCCCUGAUCCAAGCACGUCUCUUACUUGCUCUCUAUGAGUACACACAUGGUCGGCCUGAGGAUGCAUUUGACGCCAUUGCAGGAUGCGCACGCAUGGCUUAUCGUGCCGGGUUACAUCUCAACUGCCGCCCGAAUGAUUCCAAAGAGACGCACUCGGGUUCAGAUGCACAACUACGGGCAGAGGGAACCAAUACAUGGUGGGGAAUCGUCAUCUGCGAGCGGGCCUUUUUCUGCGAAAUAGGAUUUCAGGAACAGCCACUUAUUACAAUCAUUCCAAGUGACGCCAUUCUCCCUUCCAGAACCGCGAGCGAGAAACGUGAUAACUCCUCGCCACCUUACUUGUCCUUAUCCUUUAAUAUUGAAAGCAAUGCGCGCGGGUUUGAUCGCUCCGUUCAGGCCGCCUGUCUACUAGACAAGGUCUUCAAGAGCUUCGCAAUCUCUGACCUGAACUCUAAGCUUGUCGAACUUCAUAACCUAGAUAUGGAUAUCCAGUCUUUUCUGACUGAGCUCAUGCGACAAUGUUAUUCCGGGGAUGAAACGAGUAAAUACUGUCAGGCAAUUGCCAUCACCAUCCGGACACUCCUGAAGCUGCAUUCCCACAUUAUAGAGCAACUGGACCAUAAUAUAAACCUCCAGGAUCAAACACUGCAGGGCCGAUAUCAAAAAUCACAGGCGGCGCUCGAUACCGUCGCUCAAAUGGUCCUCGAUAUCAUCGAAACCCAUCACACUCCGGCCCCGGACAUAAUACCUCCCACUUUUUCAUACAUGACCCGAGCCGCGCUCACAUACAUACGAGGGCAAAAGAACUGGAAAGCGGACCCGCAACUUCACAGUGCAGAGAUACGAAUGCGUGAAUCCUUGCAUUAAAUUAACCCACUUUAUUCGAGAUCUUUUCUAGAAGGGCGCCUACCAUAAUAGAUUUUA